AUUCCAGGUAUAUAAGAGGCGUAAGAGGACCCAGGCUUUCAACGUUCUUCUAUUGCCUAUUAAAUAUCUCUCUCUGGUCUCCACACCUCGGCUUCUCUUUUUCUCCAGAACAUUUCCUUCAGCAGCUCUCAAUAGGUAAACAUCUCUUACAUUUGCUGGUGGAUUGAAGCUUUAACCUUCUUCUGCUCUGUUUCACUAUCCAUCUGCCAAAAGUUUCAUUGUUCAAUCUUUUCCAUCUUUGCCAUUAUAGUUAAUCAAAAAAAUUCAGGGAAUGCUGAAAGAUGUGCUUAAAACUCAGAAGCUCCUCCUUUGAGUUUGAUGAAGUCAUAGCUCCAUGUGGACUACCCUUGUUCAUCCUUUAUGGGAUUGAACAUUUAAAUGAUAGCCCAUCUCAGUUAUGUGCUCAAGUCCCCUUUGUGCCUACAAAUUCAGGAGCACAUAUUAUCUCAAAGCACAAUGUUUGUGAAGAUGGUUGAGCUUUUAGGUUCUUGAGAUCAAUUUCAUAAAAUAUCCUUAUCAGAUAUAUUGCAUUAGCUGGUAUAGUAGCUUUUAUUUUGUUUGAAUAUUAAGCUAUAAAUGGAAAACAAAGGGCACGUGUUGAUGCAGAAGUAUGAGAUGGGGAAAUUGUUGGGCCAAGGGACCUUUGCCAGGGUCCACCAUGCUAGGAAUCUUCGAACUGGCUUGAGUGUUGCCAUCAAGAUAAUUGACAAAGAGAAGGUAUUGAGGGUUGGGAUGAUUGAGCAGAUUAAGCGAGAAAUUUCUGUUAUGAGACUUAUCAGACAUCCAAAUGUUGUAGAACUUUAUGAGGUAAUGGCCACAAAAACCAAGAUUUACUUUGUCAUGGAAUAUGUUAAAGGUGGUGAGCUCUUCAACAAAGUAGCUAAGGGGAAGCUCAAAGAGGAUGUUGCAAGAAAAUAUUUCCAACAACUGAUCAGUGCAGUUGAUUAUUGCCACAGUAGAGGAGUCUGUCAUCGUGAUCUGAAACCGGAAAACUUACUGUUGGAUGAGAAUGGGAACCUAAAGGUCUCAGAUUUUGGAUUAAGUGCCCUUGCUGAAUCUAAGCGACAGGACGGAUUACUUCAUACAACCUGUGGGACUCCUGCUUAUGUUGCUCCAGAAGUGAUAAACAGAAAAGGGUAUGAUGGAUAUAAAGCUGAUAUUUGGUCAUGUGGGGUAAUCUUGUAUGUUCUAUUGGCUGGCUAUCUUCCUUUCCAUGAUGCAAAUCUGAUGGAGAUGUAUAGGAAGAUUGCAAAGGCAGACUUUAAGUUCCCUAAUUGGUUUGCACCUGAAGUACGCAAGCUUCUAUCAAAGAUGCUGGAUCCAAACCCCAGAACCAGGAUAUCCAUGGCAAAAAUAAUGGAAAAUUCUUGGUUUCGUAAGGGGUUGGAACCUAAACCUCAAAUUGUUGAGACGGACAUGAAAGAAUCGGUUAAUCUAGAUUGCGAUUCUAUUUUUAAUGUAAAUGAGAGCGGCUGCAGUAUCACAGAAUCCAAGCAAGAAUUGGCAAAGCCUUGCAACUUGAACGCAUUUGAUAUUAUUUCCUAUUCUGCAGGCUUUGAUUUGUCAGGCUUGUUCGAGGAGAAAGAGAAAAGGAAAGAAGUGCGUUUUACUGCAAACAAGCCUGCUUCCUUCAUUAUCUCGAAGCUUGAAGACAUUGCUAAGAAUUUGAGACUGAAAAUAAAGAAAAAGGACGGCGGCUUAAUGAAGUUGGAAGGUUCAAAAGAAGGCAGGAAAGGAGUCCUGGGCAUUGAUGCUGAAAUCUUUGAGAUAACUCCUUGUUUUCAUUUGAUCGAAAUGAAAAAGUCCAGUGGAGAUACCCUGGAGUAUCAGAAGGUACUGAAACAAGAGAUUAGACCUGCACUUAAAGACAUUGUUUGGACGUGGCAAGGAGAACAGCAGCAAGAAGAGCAAGUAGAGCUACAGCAUUCCAAUGUACCUGAGUUGCAGGUUGCCUCAUCACCAACUACACCCUAAAUAAAUAUUAACCAUCUUUGAAUUAAUUCUAAUUUGGUGGCCUCUUUGCUGAGGAGCAUUUAUAAUUGGGAUAGAGUAUAAGCUAAUUGCUAUAAAUAUAUUGAUGCUUUUAGAUGUAUAUAACUUUAUUAUUGGGUGUUUAAUCAUAUGAUCCUUAUGAAAUCAGCAAUCACCAAAUCUGCAGAUUUUCUGUUUA